GCCCUUUACUAGGGAAGCCGGGGCCCUUCGCCACAGGCUCAGUCGCCGGGCAGCUUCGCCAUGGCUUGCUACAUCUACCAGCUGCCGUCCUGGGUGCUGGACGACCUGUGCCGCAAUAUCGACACGCUCAGUGAGUGGGACUGGAUGCAGUUCGCUUCCUACGUGAUCACAGACCUGACCCAGCUGAGGAAGAUCAAGUCCAUGGAGAGGGUCCAGGGGGUGAGCAUCACCCGGGAGCUGCUGUGGUGGUGGUCCAUGCGGCAGGCCACGGUCCAGCAGCUGGUGGACCUCCUGUGUCAUCUGGAACUCUACCGAGCUGCCCAGAUUGUCCUGAGCUGGAAGCCGGCUCCUGAGAGCACAUCUCCGCUCCCAGCCUUCCCAGAGGCUGUGAAGCCAGGGGCUGUGGCUACUUCUAGAAGAAACCUCAAGGAUGAACAGGAGAAGGUCCGGCCUGUGAAGCCACACUCCUUUCUGGACACAGGGCCCACCAUGGCUGGGGCCCAGCAGCAGGCCUCAUGUCAGCGUCCGUGCAAGGCGGAUGCGCCUUGUUCCCUGAAAACUGAUGCACCCGACUCUCCCCAGUCUAAGUAUCGCAGCACUUCCACAUCCGCCCCCAAGCAGGAAAGGCUUUUGAGUUUGUCCAGAGACAGGCUUUUCUGGAGUGAAGUGGAUGUCGUCCAAGCAACUGAGGACUUUGACCAAAGCCACCGAAUCAGCGAGGGCACCUUUGCUGAUAUCUACCGGGGUCAAAGGAACGGUGUGGCCUUCGCCUUCAAGAAGCUCAGGGAGGUGGCCAGCUCGAGUCCAGGGUCCAUGGACAGAUUCCUACAGGCAGAGAUGCAGCUCUGCCUCAGAUGCUGUCACCCCAACAUCCUACCUCUGCUGGGUUUCUGCACUGGAAGACAGUUCCACAGCCUCAUCUACCCCUACAUGGCAAACGGUUCUCUGCAGGACAGACUCUGGGCUCAGGGCAACUCAGACAUGCUGCCCUGGCCACAGCGGGCCAGCAUCUGCUCAGGGCUGCUUCUAGCCGUGGAGCACCUGCAUAGCCUGGACAUCAUCCACAGCAAUGUAAAGAGUGCCAAUGUUUUGCUGGACCAGCAUCUUAACCCCAAGCUGGCUCAUCCGGUAGCUCAUCCGUGUCCCGACAAUAAAAAGACCAAAUAUACCGUCAUGAAGACUCACCUGUUCCAGGCCUCAGCUGCAUAUCUGCCUGAAAACUUCAUCAGAGUGGGGCAGCUGACCAAGCAGGUGGACAUCUUCAGCUGUGGAAUUGUAUUGGCCGAGGUCCUGACCAGCAUCCCUGCGAUGGACAAGGACCGUAGUCCAGUUUACCUGAAGGAUUUGCUUCUCAGUGAGAUUCCCAGCAGCACUUCCUCAGUCUGCUCCAGGAAGACCAGCAUGGGGAAGGCAGUGGUGAAAGAGAUCUGCCAGAGGCACGUGGAGAGGAGAGCAGGGCUGCUGCCUGAGGCCUGUGAGGAAGCCUGGGCCAUCGCUGUGAGUGUCUGCCUGAGGAGGCGCAAUGCCAGCGUGGAGGAGGCUCGAGUCUCCAUGGCCAGGGUGGAGGAGCGCCUCCGAGGGCAGCUGUCCCUUCCCUGGAGCAGGGCUUCUGAGGCCACGGGCUCGUCUUCCAAUACCCCAGAGGAAACAGACGACGUGGACAAUUCCAGCCUCAGCAUCCCCUCUUUGGUUAUGAUGGCAUCCUGCCCAGGGACAGCUCCCUCUCCACUCUCCACGGGACAUGGAACAGCACAGCCAUCCACCAGUGGGGGACAGGAGGCCGACUCCUCGUCAGAGGCUUGCGCAGGCCCACAGACACCCCAGGACGCUACAGAGACUUCAUGGAAAAUUGAGAUCAAUGAAGCCAAAAGGAAACUGAUGGAGAACAUCCUACUCUAUAAAGAAGAGAGACUGGACAGCAGCGAGCUCUUUGGACCCUGAUGACCAGAGCACGGCUGAAGACCCUUAUUCUCAACUGGACAGACAAAUGUCCGGGGCAAGGAAGAGGUCUUUGGCUGCCCAAGGUCUGUUGAGACCCAUACAACCCAAACAUCAGCCUGAACAGAAGGAAACAUGGUUUCAUCAGAGUCGAGUUGCAGGGAGCGGGGCAGGGGACCUCAAUUUACACAGACACCAUAUCCAGAAAGCACUCCUCCUCCCUGAGACGUCUUAGUUAGAGGGCUGUGAAGUGGAACGCCUUGUAUGUGAUCCAAGGAUUUGGGUUGUUUUGUGGUUCCGGGAAACCCGCGUUGAUGACCACCUCAAGAGAUGCUGUUGCCCCAAAACCUCUUAGUUCUCCACAAUGAACAGAGCAAUCCUGCAGCAUCCGUGGCGUUUUCCAGAGUUAUCAGCUGUCAGUCAUAAUUGCAGACAGCUUUCUGCAAAUUCUCACUUCUUAAAAGACCUUCAGCCGGUGUUUCCGCAAUGGUUGACUCUGCUCUUAAGUUCAGGACUGCAAAAGCAGGACCGUUGGCAAAGGACUCUGUAGACUUUCUCCUUCUUCAGUUGGUGAUCCUGUAAGUCACCAGUAUUUAGGAAGUGCCUGCUUUUCACCUUCGACCUCCCAUCACGCCCAUAUUUAUUUUAACGGAGACUCCGAGGUUGUGUGUUAUUUAUAGCUCAGUGAAGAAGCAUGAGGAACAGUCUCACGUUUGAUUCUGCUGCUAGUUAAGUCAAUCACUUGGUGGGUGGUAGCUUGGUAUCCUUGUAAGAUAACCCUACUCUGUUCUCCCUGGGGAAGAAUGGAGCUGCUCUAGUCAGCUCUUGGGAGGAUAGUGCAGUGGCUACAGAAGCACUUUGAUAACGUAUCUGUUCUGUGUUCUAAAUGAAGUAAAAGGUAUGUAGUUCAUGGUUCUGCCAUGUAGAAAAUGAUUAUGAAGUGAAUGUAUUUUUGAAAAGUCACAUUGCAAACCUGUUUUGUAAAACAAAGCUAUUUCUAAUUCACUAUUUAAAAAAAAGAACUCCAUUAU